AUGUCUGCGAGACCACCACCACCUCCGUUACAUCUUCUUCGGGCCCACACUGCACAAGUCAACGUCGUGUACUUCUCCGAUGACAAUGAGCGGCUCUACUCUGGGGACCUGGCAGGAUCUGUCGUGAUCACGUCGACGCGGACGCUCAGAUCUCUGGCAUUGUGGCAGGCACACACCGAUGGCCUGCUCGGGAUAGAAGAGUGGGCGCAGCAUGUCAUCACCCAUGGGCGGGAUAAUAAAUUGCAUGUGUGGAUAUGCGCGCAGGAGCCGGCUACUGCAGUCGGGGAUUCCGCUGUCGCGCCAGAUCUCCUCACGCCAAAACUGUGCUAUUCAAUGGACGUAAAUGCGCUAAAUUAUUGUCGAUUCUCUCUCUGGCCUUUGUCCAGUGCUGACGCAGACGGGGAACCGAAGGCCCUUCUCGCGCUCCCUAACCUAGUGGAGUCUUCAUUAGCGGAUGUAUGGACAUUACCUUCCCAGCAAAGACUGCAUGCUGCGGUUGGAAAGAGCGGCCUGCCUGUCUCUCCAGAUGGGCGCGGACAGAAUUCUACAGGUAUCAUCAUGUCGAUGCACCUAUUCGAGGUUGCGCAUCCCAGUAUCUCCGACCAGACGCAACUGCGACUGUUGUGCGCCUACGAGAAUGGAAGCGUGGCCAUGUGGGAAUAUAUUAGGACGGACAAGGAGACGUCGAUUGAGGGUAUUGGCUGGGAGAGGGUGUGGGAAGUGAAAUUGCACGUUGAAACAGUGAUGGCGAUGACGGUGUCGAAGGACAACACGCUUGCUCUGACUGUUUCAGCAGAUCACCUUAUAGGCCGUUAUGACCUGCAGAACGCUGACAUGCCGGAAAUGGUGCAAUCGGCUUGUGUAAUUCACAGAACAAAAAAUCCAGGGAACAGUUCAAUCGCAAUACGUGACGACGGGCGGGUAUGCGCGGUCGGGGGAUGGGACGGAAAGGUCCGACUAUUCUCAACGAAAAGCAUGAAACCACUCGGCACGCUGGAUUAUCACAAGAAAAGCUGUACGGCGGUCGCUUUUGCGAGUCAGGAGCCCCGGCAGGGCGAAGUCCCACUGUUGGGCGUGGAUGAGGACAACGAAGAUGAGAUGAGCGGUGAGGAGAAGGCGGAGCGGACCCGCUGGCUCGCUGCGGGCGGUCAGGAUAACAGGGUGUCGAUCUGGGGCUUGAUCAGCUUCGACGGUGCGAGCUCUUAG